ACAGAGCCAUGUUGUGUGUGUAGGUUCGAGGCGAGACAUGAAAACUGCAAACUAUGGAGAGAGAACUUUGCUUUUUAAGUGAAACCGAAGAGUUGGAGUCGGACUCUGGGUGCAGGGAGCAAAUUGAGAGGACCAAAACCUUGUUCGAAGAGAUCCGUGCUCUAAUCAAGAACAUUGACGAUGAACACUGCUCCUUCUGGAGACCCGUGCUUCCAUGGGGUGGCGUGUACACCAUCAGGGCCGGUCAGAAGGCCGUCUCCUGCAUCCCCCUCUACGUAAAAAUCAACCUGAAGAACACCUGCACCAUCGACGGCUUCCUCAUGCUGCUGUACGUCAUCCUGCGGGACAAUCACACCAUCUGUCGGGAGGUGGGCCUGUUCCUGGGGAAGCGCUUCGUGGAGCACUUCCUGUACCUGAUGGACUCGUACGAUUACACCACGGUCAAGAUCCUGUGGAUCUGGGACAGGAUGUCCAAGUACCAGUACCGCUCCGAGAUCCAGCACGCCGCUCUGGAGAUCGACCUGUUCGGCAACGAGCACGAGAACUUCACCAAGAACUUGGAGAAUCUGAUGUCCACCGUCCAGGAGAGUCUCUGCACCAGCUGGUGCUGCCCGUGCCGUUACCAGGAGUUCUUUCAAAACACCAUCAAUAUCAGCCCUCCACAUGAGCUUCCCGAUCGAGAUCCAAUCCAGUCCGCAGUGGACGAGUUCUUCUGCUCGAAGAUCAUCCUAUGCAAGGAAAACGGGUGUAACGGGCUGAGAGAAUUCUCCCAGCGAGAGUUUUGCUACGGCCCUCCUCCUUUCAUCAUCCUUAACAUGCAGAUGUGGAAAUCGGAGGAUCUGUCCUACGUACCGUACUAUCUGGCCUUGUCCCAUCAUAGGUACUCGCUAGAGGGCGCUACUCUGUUCAACCGGGAGGAGCACCACUACUCUGCAGCAUUCCAGAUCGACGGCUACUGGAUGCACUACGACGGACUUCGGAACGACAACCUGAUCUUACUGAACAAACCUCCAGAACUGCUGCUCCUGUCCUCCCUGGUGUACGUCCGCUCCCAGGAUAAAUGAAACUUCAGUCUUUUAGCCCCCUAUCUUAUGAGCCCGAUCAUGUUAUUCUAUUUCCAGUAAUAAUCAUGUUACAUGUAGCUGAUCAGUCGUUUUGUUAAUCCUCCUAGGGUGUCGUAGCUCAAUUUCGUACUCUGAUAUCAGACUUUUCUAUUUUUGUAUCUAAUCCUCAGAAUCAGAAAAGCUGAGUUCAACAGCUCGUGUUUUUGCUUGGAAUCCAAGAAUUUUAAAAGUGGACUGUAUUAGUUCUGGCUGGGUGUGCAGACCUGUGGAAACAAUGCUUAAUACUGCCAAACUUUCUAGCAUUAUUUGCCGUAUGGUUUUGAAUCUUGUACUCACCCCUAGAUGUUUUAUUUGCUUCACUGAAAUGCGUUAUCUGCAUUUUCUUAAUGACACUGAACUAAAAAAUGACAUCUGCAAACCAGUGAUGGAUUAAAGCUAGAACGACCA